AUGGCUAUCGAGAAGGGCGCCACCGAAAUCGCGGAUUCUGAAGAUGAUCCGAUGACGUCGUCACCUGGUGUUAUUCCGGAUGAAGCUGCGGACAAGCUUUGCGCAAUGGCACGCAUUCCGUCCCAAGAGCGACAAGACGCGUUGCACGGGGCAGAUUGUCUCCACCAAGCAUUCGCGCAACGCAAUGCCAACGCAGCUUCAUGCUCAGCUGAAGGCUUGGGCGGCGAUGCUCAAAUUGACGACGCGUCGAAAAUUGAUCAAACUAACAUGACACCUCAAGACCUCAAUACAGUGCAAGAGGAAGGAGCGAUUAACGAGUUGGGCCACCACGACUUGAGCUCGCAUUCAGAACUGCGUUCAUCAAAUCUAGCAUUCAUGACCGGAGCUAUCUCAGAUGAGUCUAAUGUGAUGUUGGUGCAAGCCUUACCAAGGAUGGAGUCACAGCCUGGUGAGGAAGUACCAGGUCGAAAAGCAGAUACCGGCAUCCAACAAGACAGAAGCAAUCAGGCGACCAAGGACGAACCCCCCAAACAAAGCGAUAUGAGAGCCGUAGAGAGCGCAGUGGUGGAAGAUGUAGAAAACUAUUCCGAAGCCGACUAUCAAGAACAGCUGUGUAUCGCAAGUAGUAACAGUCCCGCCAGAAAGGAGCAGGCAGCAACCGAGAACAUCCAUCCCAUUAUACUUGGUACGCAGUCAAAGGCGCCGAGUACCAGUGAGCAGCACCCGUUGGAUGCCAACGUGGACGUGGAAGCAUCCGAUGGGUUCAGGCCACUAUCGCAAGGUUACACGACACAUGGCAGUCUGUUCCAAGAGUCAAGCAAUAAUGGCAGCCAAGCUGCAGGCCAUAGUUCAGCACACGGAUACCCGAACGAGAAUGCAGCUCACACCCCAAUCGCCUUUACGGCAACACCCAUAGGCACAACUUCGGUCGAUUCUGCAGCGGAUGCGUCAGUUGACAGAGUCGGCAAUCAUGCAGUCCCAAACCUUUCCUCGGGCGCCGAGCAACAUGAUGCCCGAAGUCCAGGAACCACGCUCUGUAACCCGCAGAUAGAUACCGACACUAGCGGAACUACCAUGAGCGCCAGAGAGACUAGCUCAAUGAUCGACCACAAACAAACUUUGCUGAGAGAUUCCACGGAACAACAUCUAGCCGUGGCAGAAACGGCCUUGUCGAAAAAGAGCGCUGACGAAGAUUCGGUGGCUAGUUCACCAACCACUGAACCAGCUACUCAUGAUCAAUCGCACACUGGCGCGCGUUGCAUGACCUCACCUCCACAAACACCUCCAUUGAAGACGGCCCAGGAAACCACUCUCGACGAGAUGAGAGCACAAAAGGCUGCGCUUCUAGCUUCUCUCGGUGCUCUUCCAGCCAUCCAAGUGCUCAUAGAAGAACACGCUCUUUCAGACGCCGGACUAGACGAUGCAAACGACGUACCUACUGAGACUGACAUCAUGGCAGCCGCGAACAAGAUAGUCAAAGAACACAUUAAGUUACUGCAUGAAUACAACGAACUGAAAGACAUGGGCCAGGGAUUGAUGGGUCUUAUUGCAGAUCAGCGGGGCGCACGGAUCGUGGAAGUGCAGGAAGAGUUUGGCAUCGAUGCGGCGGAUUGA